GAUACUACGAGUAUGGUACGUACGACUUGAAACUGCAGAUUUUCACAAAAUUUGAUCGGAACCUGCAACAAACAGAUUCGAUUAUGCCAGAGCUGUUUCGGACACAAAACAAAGGAUACUUCCGUCAAAAGGUCUAGAUUUUUUCACGUCAUGUCGCCUUUCAACAAAUUCACUGCACUCGCUACGAUGCUCGUUGUAGCGGUAACAUCUGCUUCAUCUCAUCAAGGAGGAAUGGAAAGCGAGGACAUCAACCGCCGUCAACUCCUGCAAGACAUCGACCAACGUCAGCUUCUUGAAGAGAAUGGACUCGUUCUGUUCAAAAAGAUUUCAGAGUAUGUUACUGGUGAAUCUGAAUCAAAAUGGUGUGCACAACUCCCAACCUCUAAAUUUCAAAUGAUAUGUGACAUCAAAGGAAUUUCACAAAAAUACAUUGAGUCCUUUCGCCCUAUUUCUGGUCAGUCUGUCAUGAAGAUUCAAGGUGCCUCUCUCCAGAGAUCACCUGAUUCUAAUUUGCGGCUGGACAUUACUGAUGAAGCAUCAGUAAGAAUUGAACGGCUGCCCCAAAAUGAUGCCCGCUACCAAGGACAAACACUUGAUGAAAAGCCAGGCAGGCCCUUUGGCACCAAGAAAGUUUUGGUUGCUCGUGUUACCAACAAUGGUGUUUCACAUGAAGCAGAUGACAAUGCAAUUCUUAAUGCUACAUUUCAAGGCUCUUUAUCUAUGAAAUCACAGUUUGCAGCAUGUUCAAGGAAUCAACUGGACCUCCAACCUACUGCAGUUACAAAUAGUGGACUGUUGGAACUUUCUAUCAACAUUGAAUCAUCAGAUGGUUCAAGUCUUGAACACGCUGCUGUGGAUGUCCUAUACGAACAGUACGGUGACGCAGUUGACAGCUCUGAUCUCAUUGUUUUGUGCCUUCCUCCAUUUGUACCAGAAAUUGCUGCAUAUGCUUUCCUUGGUGGCUGGUGGAGCUUUUACAACUUCCAUUACUGUACAGACGUCCCAACCGUUUUGCAUGAAAUUGGUCACAACUUUAGAUUAGAGCACAGCGGAAUGGGUGACAACGGCUAUGGUGAUGGCAUUGGUGUAAUGGGGUGGUCUUCGCCAGAUGGUUUUCGCCAGUGUUUCAAUGCAGUAAAAAAUUUUGCAUUGGGAUGGUUUGACAAUCAAGUAGCUACAGUGAAUCCCCUUGAUUGGGCUGGUAGCAGCAGAACAUUUGUCUUCACUGGCAUUGAGCAAUACCAGGCAAUUGGAAGUGCCAACAAACUCAUUACMUUGCAAUUGGAUGCAGGUAGCGAAGGCGAUUGGUAUAUUGGGUACAAUGAAGCUGUUGGUGCAAAUGCCGACACUGCAGAAGCACUCAAUCAGGUGGCCGUUUCCUAUGUAUAUCCACUGUCUGAUGACGAAUACCGUGAUCUUCCUAGUGCUAAACAGAGCUGGCGUCAAGCUGCUCUCGCUGUUGGCAAUGUCUAUGGUAUCAACAACUUUGGGGGCACAGAGUAUGGAGUUUAUGUCAAGUUUGUAUCCCUUGUUGGAACUGAUGCAACAGUUGAAGUGAUCACAAGCACCACACCUGUUCUUUCUUGUGGUGGUCUAGGUAGAUUCAGGAUUGGCCUCCUGACGGAUGCAAAAGGCUAUGAAACUAGCUGGUUUCUUCGAGACAGCAACGGAACGGUUAUUGACCAUUAUGAUGAUGGCAAGUAUUGGUAUAAACAUCAGUACUACUAUCCGUCGGCAGAAAGUUCCUAUUGCUUGCCUCCGGGCUGCUACCAGUUUGAGAUUCGUGACUCUGGAGGUGAUGGUCUGACCGACGAUGCUUGGGAUCCGAUCGAGGGGCAUGGGAGGUACGAUGGGACCCUUGAUGGGGUGGAAAUAUUUUCCGGGGCAGAGUUUGGGUAUAAUGAAGUGAAUGAUUUCUGUAUCGAAGCUGCACCGGUGCCUACGCUUGAACCGACAGCUGAACCGGUGCCUACGCUUGUACCGGCACCGACAGCUCCCCCUAGUAUGGGCUGCGAGGAUGACGGUACAUUCAAAUUCAGGGGCAAAAACAACAAGAUGUGUGGAAAGAGAUGGAUGCAAAAGUAUACACGCAAUCUUAAUAAAAGGAAGCGAAGGAAGCUCCGAAGACUGUGCAAGAAGAAGUCGGAAGGAAAACAAGUCUUUACUUUUUGUCGCGCCACCUGUGCCCUAGUUGAUCUAGGACCUUGUGCUUAAACACUGUACACACGUUUCCAAUGUAAAGUGGCGGYGAUCGAUCGACAUUGUAUCCGAUAACCCCUUUUGAAAGUAUCUAAUCACAUUUCAUAGUCCAUCUGUUAUGAUUUGGCGUAAUGUCGUUUUGCAAU